AUGCUUUACAGAAAAAAGAAGUCAUACAAUCUGCACGGAGAUGUACAAGGGGACGUUUUUAAAGUCAGCCAUAACAGUCCAACCCCAACUUCGGAUAAAAUAAAUAGCAAUGAUGUUAAGAGACAUUGCUGGACGCCGUUUUUGGGUGUUUUCUACGCUUUCUUGUCAAGCGUCACUAUUUUAUUAACAUCUGUCUUUGUAAAAAAACUGUCAUACAUUGACUCGGGUCAGCUGUCAUUAGUGCGGAACAUUGGUGUGCUCUUCGGUAACAUCCCAAUCGCUGUAUAUUGCACAAAAAACGCUUUUGGUUCAAGGAAAUAUUUUUGGUUGCUAAUAAUAAGAUCAUUCCUUGGAGCAACUGCUUUAUAUCUUAACUUGAUGGCUUACAGACUUUUGCCUCUAACAGAAACCUCCAUAAUUCUGUCCUCCGUACCUGCACUGGUCACCGUAGCUGCUCGAGUGCAUCUUAAAGAGCCAUGUGGACUAGCGCAAGUGGUAUCCAUAAUUUUGAGUGUUCUAGGAGUCCUUAUGUCCGUUCGAUUACCGAAGGUUCUUCAUGACAGGUCUGAUGUUCAUUUUGACAGAGAAUAUGUCACGGGACUUAGUUGUGCUACGGGGAGUGUUUUAAUUUUAGCAUUUACAUUUGUAACGUUGAGAAAAAUGAAAGACAUACACUUUUCCACCGUACUACUUUAUUUUGGAUCGUUAGGAUCUUUAGAAAAUGCUGUCAUAACAUAUUUCUCAGCCGAGUUUAAAUGGCCGCGAUGUGAAGUGCUCGAUAGAGCAGAAGUGAUAAUGAUUGGUGUCUUUGGCUUCAUGGGUCAUUGUUUUUUAACGUUAGCAGUACAAAAGGAGGCAGUUGGCGUUGUUUCCACAUCUAAAUCUGCUUCAGAUAUUGUUGUUUCAGCCAUAUUCCAGUUUAUAUUUUUCAAUUCUAUACCUGACUAUUAUGCGCUUGGUGGCGGCUUGUUGGUAAUUACAGCCAUAAGCUCCUUGGGUUUGUGGAAAUGGCUACUAACACAACCAGAGGAUUCUGUUUAUAGAAAAAAACUAAAAUUCUUAUUACUUUGAAAUAAAAUAAUUUUAAGUUUAUUUUUUUAAAAAAACUUUGCGUACUUCACAUAAAAUUGGAGAAAAAACUUUUUUUACCCUCUUAGAAGUCAUGGCUUCAAUAUUGAGAAAA